CCCGUCUUUUGCACUAGCACUAAACAAUCAUUACAAAAGAUAAUAAUAAUAAAAAAACCAUUACUCCUACCACCUCCUCUCCUGAGACUCCAAAUAAUCAAAUGGCCGAAAAACCAAUCCGGUUUGGAAUAAUCGGGUGCGCAGAUAUUGCCCGAAAAUUGUCUCGCGCAAUUACUUUAGCACCCAACGCUGAACUCUCUGCUGUCGCUAGCCGCUCCUUGGAUAAAGCCUCCGCUUUUGCCAAAGCCAACAACUUUCCACCCAGCGCCAAGAUUUAUGGCUCUUAUGAGGACCUCCUCGACGACCCAGAAAUCGAUGCCGUCUAUGUCCCUUUGCCCACCAGCCUUCACGUCAAAUGGGCAUGCUUGGUUGCCCAGAAGAAGAAGCAUAUCUUGUUGGAGAAGCCUGUUGGGCUUAAUGUUACGGAGCUUGAUAAAAUCGUGGAGGCUUGUGAGGCAAAUGGAGUGCAAAUUAUGGAUGGAACCAUGUGGAUACAUAAUCCGAGAACUCAUAAGAUGAAAGAGUUCUUGAACGAUAAGGAGCGGUUUGGAGAACUAAAAAAUAUGCACAGCUGCUUUACAUUUGCUGGUGAUGAGGAUUUUCUCAAAAAUGACAUUCGUGUGAAGUCAGAUCUUGAUGCUCUCGGUGCUCUCGGUGACGCGGGUUGGUAUGGCAUCAGGUCAAUUCUCUGGGCCGUUGACUAUGAACUGCCGAAAACUGUAACAGCAUUGCCUGGGCCUGUUUUAAAUGAAGCAGGGGUUAUUUUGUCUUGUGGUGCUGCUCUGCACUGGGAAGAUGGGAAAGUGGCAACUUUCCAUUGCUCUUUUUUGGCUCAUUUGACAAUGGAUAUUACUGCUAUUGGAACAGCGGGGACUUUGCAUCUCAAUGAUUUCAUAAUUCCUUUUGGAGAGAAGGAAGCGUCGUUCACAACAGUUUCAAAAUCCGGGUUCACAGAUCUUGUGACAGGGUGGGUGCCUCUGCCAAGCCAGCACACUGUUACCACAGAUCUCCCCCAGGAAGCUUGCAUGGUGACAGAAUUUGCCCGCUUGGUUGGAAAUAUUAAAGCAAAUGGCGCAAAACCCGAUCCAAAGUGGCCGAGUAUAAGCAGGAAGACACAGCUUAUACUGGAUGCAGUCACGACGUCAAUUGCCCAAGGUUCAAAGCCUGUUGAGAUUUAAUCAAGACAUAUCUUGCUGGUGCUGCUUCCUUUCAUUGGACUGGACUCUAUCUAUUGUCAAAUAACACAAUUGCCAUUUUGUCCAUUUCUUUGCAAAUGAGAUUUGUGGCAUUGGAUUGUCUGUAACAGUGUUUGAUGAUUGCUUGAUGUGUCCUUGAAAAAAAAUGCGGCUUCAAGCUUUGAUUGUGAUUUCGAAUGAAAUCCACAUAAUGGAUUUUCAUUCGUUUUGAAGCUCAUCUUGUCUAGUUAAAUAUUAUAUAUUCAGGAUUUCUGCUUUUAUA